GCGACCUCACCAGCAGCAAGCCGCGUCUUGGCGGUGAUUGGACGGAGGGCGGCGAUUCCUUCUGGCAAGAUUCCGGUAGAACCCACCGGAGGAGCCCGGAGAAGCUUGAGUGGUCGGCGCACACGUUAGAGUGAAGGGGAAGGAGCUAUAGGCUUCUUUCGGAAGCCUCACCACAGACCAUUUUUUCCCCCCCUGUGUGUUGGACGGCUGCGGUGAAAGUGGGCGACCAUGCCGGUGUUCCACACCAAGACCAUCGAGAGUAUCCUGGAGCCGGUGGCCCAGCAGAUCUCUCACCUGGUCAUCAUGCACGAAGAGGGCGAGGUGGACGGGAAAGCCAUCCCGGAUCUGACCGUGCCGGUGCUGGCGGUGCAGGCUGCAGUCAGCAACCUUGUGCGGGUUGGGAAGGAAACGGUUCAAACCACCGAGGACCAGGUGCUGAAGAGAGACAUGCCGCCUGCAUUCAUCAAGGUCGAGAACUCCUCAUCCAAACUGGUCCAAGCAUCCCAGAUGCUGAGGACUGACCCGUACUCAGUCCCUGCUCGAGAUUACCUAAUCGACGGAUCCAGAGGGAUUUUGUCUGCCACAUCUGACCUGCUGCUUACAUUUGAUGAGGCGGAGGUGCGUAAGAUCGUCCGUGUGUGCAAAGGUAUCCUGGAGUAUCUGACGGUAGCUGAAGUGGUGGAGACUAUGGAGGACCUCGUCACUUACACGAAAAAUCUGGGGCCAGGGAUGACCAAGAUGUCAAAGAUGAUUGAGGAGCGACAACAGGAGCUGACGCACCAGGAGCACAGACAGAUGCUCGUCAGCUCCAUGAGCACCGUUAAAGAGUUGCUUCCUGUCCUUAUAUCAGCGAUAAAGAUUUUCGUGGCAACAAAGAGCGGCCUGAGGCACGGCGUGGAGGAGGCCGAGAGGAACCGACUUUUCACCUUUGAGAAGAUGAGCGGCGAGAUCAACGAGAUCAUCAGAGUCCUACAGCUCACCACGUGGGACGAAGACGCCUGGGCUAACAAGGAUAUGGAGUCACUGAGGAGAUAUUUGGCUUUGAUUGAAUCAAAGAUGAUCCAGGCUAAAACUUGGCUAAAAGACCCUUAUGGACAACCAGGAGAUCCCGGAGAGGUUGCUGUUCAUAUAAUUUUGGAUGAGGCGGGAAAGGUGGGAGAACUGUGUGCUGGGAAGGAGAGGAAGGACAUACUGGCGACACAUAAAGCUUUGAGUCAAAUGAUUGAUCAGAUUGCAGAACUCAGAGUCAGAGGCCAAGGCCCGAGCCAGGCUUGCGUGCAGCGUGCAGGCCAGUGCUCUCAGGGCUUAGACUUGCUAUUUGGCAAAGUGGACAAUGCCGCUCGCAGACUGGAGGCUCUUAUUAACGCCAAGCAAGCCAUCGCCAGGAGGCUGGAUGCUGCGCAGGCCUGGCUGGCCGACCCUAACGGUGGUCCCGAGGGCGAGGAGAACAUCAGGGCGUUACUGGCAGAGGCCAAACGCAUCGCCGACCUGUGCGAGGACCCUAAAGACAGGGAGGACAUCCUGCGCUCCAUCAGCGAGAUCGUAGGCCUCACCGCCAGGCUUGUGGAGCUACGCAAACAAGGUAAAGGUGACAGUCCGGAGGCCCGUGCAUUGGCAAAGCAAAUCGGGGCGGCCCUGCUGAACUUGCAAGCCAAAACCAACCGGGCGGUGGCCAACAUGAGGCCCGCCAAGCCCGCAGUCACUCUGGAGGGGAAGAUGGAGCAAGCGCUACGCUGGGUUGCUAACCCUGGUGUGGAUGAUAGAGGUGUAGGUCAGGCAGCAAUCAGAGGGAUGGUUGGAGAAGGAAGGAGACUGGCAGGAGGCCUGUUGGGACCUUACCGCCAGGACUUGAUGGGUCGCUGCGACCGAGUAGAGGGUCUGAUGACAUCCUUGGCAGACAUGGCAGGCAGGGGCGAGGCUGAGGCCCCCCACGCUAGGGCGGCGGCUGCGCAGCUACACGACACCCUCAAGGAUCUGAGGCAGAAAAUGCAGCAGGUGAUGACCCAAGAAGUGUCAGAUGUCUUCAGCGACACCACCACGCCGAUCAAAUUGUUGGCCGUUGCUGCCACCGCUCCUGCCGAAGCCCCCAACCGAGAGGAGGUCUUUGAUGAGCGGGCAGGGAAUUUUGAAGCCCACGCAGGCCGUCUCGGCGCGACUGCGGAGAAGGCGGCUGCUGUGGGAACAGCCAAUAAGGGCACAGUAGAAGGGAUUCACGCUGCUGUCAAACAUGCCCGCGAGCUCACACCGCAGGUGACUUCUGCUGCUCGUAUCUUGUUGAAGAAUCCGGGCAACAAUGCAGCGUACGAACACUUUGACACUAUGAAAAACCAGUGGAUUGACAAUGUGGAGAGACUCACAGGUCUGGUGGAUGAGGCCAUAGACACCAAGUCUCUGCUAGACGCCUCAGAGGAAGCCAUCAAAAAGGACAUUGACAAGUGCCGAGUUGCCAUGGCGAAUGUUCAGCCCCAAAUGCUUGUUGCCGGGGCAACAAGCAUCGCGCGACGAGCCAAUCGGGUUCUGCUGGUGGCUAAGAGGGAAGUGGAGAACUCUGAGGAUCCGCGCUUUCGAGACUCUGUGAAACAUGCGUCAGACGUCUUGUCGCACACCAUCUCACCUAUGGUCAUGGACGCCAAGGCGGUGGCUGGCAACAUACUAGAUAAAGGGCUGCAGAAGGCCUAUUUGGAUUCCUGUUUGAGGAUUUUGGCUGCAGUGGGAAAAGUCAGAGAGGCUUUCCAACCUCCGGAACUGGACUUUCCACCUCCACCACCCGACCUUGACCAGCUCCAAGUAAGCGAUGAGCAGGCUCCGCCAAAGCCCCCCUUGCCUGAGGGUGAGGUGCCGCCCCCUCGACCUCCUCCUCCAGAAGAAAAAGACGACGAGUUCCCGGAGCAGAAGGCUGGAGAGGUGCUCAGCGAGCCCAUGAUGGUGGCUGCCAGACAGCUGCACGACGAGGCCCGCAAGUGGUCCAGCAAAGAGGCGGUGGAGGUAGACGACGAAGAGGAAUUUACUGACGGCGAGGAUGACUAUGAGCCUGAGCUGCUGAUGAUGCCCUCCAACCAGCCUGUCAAUCAACCCAUGCUGGCAGCUGCCCAGUCUCUCCACCAGGAGGCGCGCAAGUGGUCCAGCAAGGGUAACGACAUCAUCGCCGCCGCUAAGCGGAUGGCGUUGCUGAUGGCAGAGAUGUCCCGCCUGGUGCGCGGCGGCAGUGGCAACAAGCGAGCGCUCAUACAGUGCGCCAAGGACAUCGCCAAGGCUUCGGACGAGGUGACGAGACUCGCCAAGGAGGUGGCCAAGCAGUGCACGGACAGACGCAUCAGAACUAACCUGCUGCAGGUGUGUGAGAGGAUCCCCACCAUCAGCACUCAGUUGAAGAUCCUCUCCACUGUGAAAGCCACCAUGUUGGGUAGAACAAACAUUAGUGAAGAGGAGUCUGAGCAGGCCACCGAAAUGCUGGUCCACAACGCCCAGAACCUGAUGCAGUCCGUGAAGGAGACCGUCCGGGAAGCGGAGGCGGCCUCUAUCAAGAUCCGCACGGACUCAGGCUGCACCCUGCGCUGGGUGCGCAAGACCCCCUGGUACCAGUGAACAAAUACGUGGCGGCACACACACACUUUGAAUAAAAGCGGCGAGAUAGACCUAGACUAUUCUCCAUCAUCCUCUGUA